GAAGGAAGACAGGAAACUCGAGGGGGCACCCUUUUUCCCAACAUAUUCUAGAUGCCGACUUGCCUCAAGGGUUCAGGGAGCUUAAUAUCUGGUAUGACGGGUCGACUGAUCCCUCCCGACAUCUUAGAAGUUUCGAAAACAUGGCAGUAUUGCACCGAUACAACGACCCCGUUCAGUGUCGAGCAUUUCUGACGACCCUGCGAGGGCCCGCGCAGGAUUGGUUCCAUCAAUUGCCCCCGGGGGCCGUCAGGGAUUUCGAUGCAUUUAGCUCGAGUUUCCUAAACCAAUUCGCAAGUGUGAAAGCCCAAGAAAAGUCGUACCUUACUUUGAUAGGUAUGCAGCAGAAGGAAGGGGAAUCAUUGAGGGACUACGUAGCGAGGUACACAAGGGCAUGUGUCGACGUCCCCUCGGCUACUGAGGAGAUCAAGUCGGGAGGACUCACUCGAGGGCUACUCCCGGGAUUGUGCAGAAAUUCCCUAGCAAAACGGCCUGGGAGGACGUUUGAUGAAGUAUUGGGAAGGUGCGCCAAGUACAUGAAUGUCGAGGAAGCCGAAGCCGAUUUUAUGCAAGCGGCUAAGCCGAAAACUGAGCCUCGGGACGAGAAGAAGGACAAAAAGCUUGUCGCAACUACUGAAAGGAAAGGAUCCCCAAGAGCCGAGAGAGAGGGACGAUCAAGGGGGUGGAGGACAGCCCAAUAUACUCCUCUGUCGGCCUCGCGUGCAAGGAUACUGGAGGUUAUGGAGAGAGAGAUCCGUGACAACGUUGUCAGGUGGCCACAAACGAGAAAGGACGGGCCGACAAAACCUAAAAGUAACAUGUAUUGUCGAUUCCACAAAGACUACGGCCAUAACACCGAUGAAUUCGCCCCCCUGGGAGAAACCAAUCUCGCUGUCGUUCUCGGGGAAGGCGACUUAAGGAAAGUAAAAAUGGUGCGAUUUGUUGUGGUCGACGUCGAGUCGGCUUAUAAUGUGAUUCUGGGGAGGCCAGCACUCAACGCAUUCCAAGCGGUAGUGUCAACCUAUCAUAUGAAGAUGAAAUUCCCUGUCGGAGAUAAGGUAGGAGAGGCCCGAGGUGACCAGAGGCUGUCGAGAACCUGCUAUCAGAUUGCAGUAAGGACGAACCAACGGACAGAGGUGAAAGAAGGAAAAAAGUUGGUAUCAACUGAGAAAAGACGAAGGGAGAACGACCUUGAGCCACAUGGGGAAUUGAUGGAAAUCCAAAUCGGGGAGAAAGAGGAGCAGACUAUGAAAAUAGGGCGAGAACUGGAGGAAGAAUUACGCCGACAGUUGGUAGGGCUGCUGAAAGAAUUCAGAGACAUAUUCGCUUUCUCCCCUGAAGAGUUAACAGGAAUCGAUCCCGAUGUCAUGGAGCAUAAGCUUAAUGUCGACCCCCUGAAAAAUCCCGUGAAGCAACGGCUUAGACACCAUGGUGCAGAAAUCGACAAAGCCAUAGAAGUCGAGGUGGACAAGUUGUUGAAAGCCAAACACAUCAAAGAAAUUCAAUUCCUAGAAUGGAUAUCGAACACGGUGAUGGUAAGGAAAGCGCUAAAUAAAUGGCGUAUGUGUAUCGACUUCCGCGAUCUAAAUUCAGCAUGCCCGAAGGACCACUACCCCCUGCCGAGAAUCGACCAGCUGGUCGACUCUACUGCUGGUUGUCAACUGUUAAGCAUGAUGGACGCGUCCCAGGGGUACCACCAAAUUCCUUUGGCUCCUGAGGAUCAAAGCAAAGUUAGCUUCGUGACGAGCAGAGGGACGUAUUGUUAUGUCGUUAUGCCGUUCGGACUCAAAAACGCAGGGGCAACAUACCAAAGGUUGAUGGAUCGAAUGUUCAAAUCACAGAUCGGGCGGAAUAUGGAAGUUUACGUGGACGAUAUCUUGGUAAAAAGUAGGUCUUCGAUCUCGCAUGUGGGAGACUUAAGGGAAGCAUUUACGAUACUAAGAACAUUUGGAAUGAAACUGAAUCCGAGUAAAUGUGCUUUUGGAGUAAGGGCGGGGCGAUUCUUGGGCUAUAUCGUAACUGAAAGAGGCAUCGAAGUGAAUAAGGAUAAAGUGCAAGCCAUACUCGACAUGACCCCGCCAAAGAAUGUUAGAGAAGUACAAGUCCUGACAGGCCGAAUUGCAGGCCUAAGUCGAUUCAUAGCUCAGGCGGCGGAAAGGAGCUUCCCUUUCUUCAAGUUACUCAAGAAAAAAGCUUUCCAGUGGGGCGACGAAGCUCAGAUGGCGUUUGAAAAAUUGAAGGAGUUUUUGAGCGAGCUACCAUUGUUAACAAAGCCAGAACCGGGCGACGAGUUGGUGCUCUAUAUCUCGGUGGGAGUGUUCUCCUUGAGUUCAGUGUUGCUACGAGAGACUGAAGGGGCUCAACAGCCGAUCUAUUAUACAAGUCGAGUCCUUCAGGGCGCAGAAGCAAGAUACCCCGAGGUCGAGAAGGCCGCAUUAACAUUGAUGCUCACAGCCAGAAAGUUGAGGCCGUAUUUCCUGAAUCAUGUGGUUAUAGUAAGGACGAAUUUCCAGCUCGGUGAGACUUUGGGUCGACCUACUGUGUCAGGUCGACUCGUAAAAUGGGCAGUCGAACUCAGUGAAUUUUCCAUCAAAUACGAACCCCGACGGGCUAUAAAGGCCCAAGCUCUAGCCGACUUUAUCCAAGAAGGGACCAAAGGGGAAAGCAAGAAAUGGAUGAUGCAC